UGUCUGCUCCACAACACAGUUCAACCCCAGUCCGCCUCCUCCUCCUCCUCCACUAACACCAGUGUCUCCGCUCCGAGCCACAAACGAGCCAUUUAUCAUCAAUCAUGGCCGCCGGGGUACUCAUCUAAAAAAACUCUUCUUCCCUCCCUGUCGUCAGGAGGAGGGGAGGAUUUAUUUUUUUUCAUGUUUUUGUUGGAGGGGGGAAAACAAACAAACAAAAAUAACCAUUAGACCCCCUCACACUGGGUUUUUUCUUCUCUUUUUGGGGAUCUGCUAUUGGAAUUACAUUAGAAUACAUCUCGGACCAUUCAUGUCCAGACUCCAACAUGCAGCCGCCGCCGAGGAAGGUCAAAGUGACACAGGAGCUGAAAAACACACACACGGAGCAGAUGACAAGACUGCACUUUAAACACCAGACUGAAUGUGACCUGCUGGAAGACAUGAGGAGCUACAGUCUGAAGAAGGGACAGUUGGAGAGGGACUAUGCACAGGCUCUGCAGAAAUUAGCAAGUCAGUACCUCAAGAGAGACUGGCCUGGAAUCAACCCUGAUGACCAGAGAACAGACUACAGGAAUGUGUACGCAGUGUGGAGGUCCUAUUUAGAAGGUACAGUGCAGGUGAGCCAGUCCAGGCUCAACGUGUGUGACAACUACAAGAGUCAAGUAUCAGACCUCGCUAAGACUGUUCGACUCUACAAGGAACAGCAGCUCAAAAAAACCAUAGAUCUGUUGAGUGGCAUUCAGGUAGAACUACAGGAGUCAGUUAAGGAGUUGGCCAAAGCCAAGAAAAAAUACUACGACUCGGAGCAGGUUGCCCACGCUAUACGGGAGAAGGCGGACAUAGAAGCCAGGUCUAAACUGGGUCUUUUUCAGUCGAGAAUUAGUUUACAGAAAGCAAGUGUAAAGCUAAAAGCGAAGAGAAGUGACUGCAACUCCAAGGCGACACAUUCCAGGAAUGACUACUUGCUAACGCUAGCUGCUGCCAACGCUCAUCAUGACCGCUACUAUCACACAGAUCUACUGCACUGCAUACAGGCCUUGGAUGGCAGAAUCUACGAGCAUGUGAAAGACUACCUGGUAUCGCUGUGUCAUACUGAAUUAGAGGCCUCCCAAGCAACACACAACACCUUCCAGUUCCUGCUGGACAAAUCCACCAGGAUAAUUGAAGAGUUCAACCAGCAGCUGUUCAUGCAGGAGAAUCCAGUGUUUCACAAAGCACACGACUUCCAGUUCCAGCCCAGUGAUUGUGACAUGAGUCGUCAGCUGGAGUCGGAUACAGGGACAACGGAGGAGCACAGUCUGAACAAAGAGGCCAGGAAAUGGGCAACAAGAGCGGCCAGGGAACACAAGAAUAUCAUCCAUUACAAGAGAUCUCUGGAGGAGUGUGAGAGCCAUGGUUUGCCCAACACAGAGCAAGGCAGACUUGAUCUGGAACUGAAGAUAGAAGACACCAAAGAAAACAUGCGCAAAGCUGAGACGAUAAAGUUGAAAGCGGAGGCUCGGUUGGACCUUCUACGCCAGGUGGGGGUUGCAGUGGAUACCUGGUUGAAAAGUUCCAUGAACCAGGUGAUGGAGGAGUUGGAGAAUGAACGUUGGGCCAGCUACACUUCCCACGAUCCCUCACUGUCGGGCACAGUGGACCUGGAGCGCGAGGAGGGAGAGGAGUGUGAGGAGAAUAUGGAGGUUUUCGACGACAGCAGCUCCAGUCCUUCAGGGACCCUUCGAAACUACCCGCUCACCUGCAAAGUCCUGUACUCAUACAAGGCCUCUCAGCCAGACGAGUUAACCAUUGAUGAAAAGGAGAUGCUGGAGGUCAUCGAGGAUGGAGACAUGGAGGACUGGGUCAAGGCUCGCAAUAAGACAGGCCAUGUUGGCUACGUCCCAGAGAAGUACCUGCAGUUUCCCACCUCCAACAGUCUCCUUAGCAUGCUCCAGUCUCUGGCUACGUUCGACGCUCGAUCGCACACCUCAUCCAACUCAACCGACCCAGAGCUGCACUCCGGCUGCGUCAACGGUGAUAUAAACACAGUGUAUGUUCGUGCACUUUAUGAUUAUGAGGGCCAGGCAGACGAGGAGCUCUCUUUCUGUGAGGGGGCUGUGAUCCGCCUGCUGAGCCGUGACACGCAGACAGAUGAUGGCUUCUGGGAGGGGGAGCUCAACGGACGGGUGGGCGUCUUCCCCUCAGUCCUGGUGGAAGAUUUCACUGAGAAUGGGGAGAGCAGUGGAGGAGGAGGGUCAGGUGACAUACAGAUCUCUCCAACUCUGAAGUUGCCAUCGUCUCUGCCGCCUCUUCCGCUGUACGACCAACCUCCCAUCAGCCCUUUCACCAGCCCCGAGACCUCCACCCCACCUCCUCUCCCACGCUCACCCUCAGCCGCACUUAACGGGGACCACAAGCCUCCACUGCCAGCGCCGUCACACAAGGGACCGCUGUCCACCCACAAUCAAAGUUCGGGCAAGAGUCCAGUGUCUCCAGGAUUUCCUCAGACUCAGCCACCGAGAUUCACCCCUGAAGGAGGCCCUGGGAAACUACGACCUGUGCGGGCUGCUCCGCCUCCACCUAAACAACACGCCCGGAGGCCGCCAGAGAAGAGCGACAAGACGGAGGAGGUGGAGAUCACACUGGUGUGACAGACAGAUGACUCGGCAAGCCGUUGUAUACACAACAAAUUCAAGAAACAAGAUGACAGACAGACUUAUCCUUCAGGCCGAGGAACUGAACAGCUCUGAAGUGAAGUGAGCUCAAAUAAAGAGAUGUGAAGUAAACUGAACUGAACCACGUCGACGACCUCCGGCCACUCAGCAUCUUCCUUUCCCUCCUCCUCCAGUGAAGGAGGUGAGAAGAGAUAAAGACAGAGUAUUCAGUUAAAUAGUCAUAUUAGAUUUCUAAUCAAGUGCAGCAGUAGCUGCCUCCACAUCGCUCCCUGCCCUCCCCCAUCCCUCCAUUCUUGCCUUAAAACUUCACCUCAAACUCACCUCAAACUAGAGCACAGCGAAAGAGGGAGAGGAAGUUUUCUUUUAUCUUGUUAAACUUAUUCAAGAUAUCCGAGAAUAUUUCUCUGAGCAGGCAGAUUGCUCUGCUGCAUUCACUGACCUGCUGACAAAUAAUCCUGAAGCAUGAGAAAUGUUUUUGGAGCCCUGAAACUCAUUAAUUAUAGUAAAGGCCUAUCAGACAAAUCAAAAAUAUAACUAGAUACAUGAAUGAUAGUGUUAAAUAGCAACUUUCAAUAUUAAUAAAUGUAAAGUUUUGUACUUUUAUUUAACUUUCAAUGAGCAAGUACAUUUUUUUAUUUAAAGUUACUACCAAUUAGUACAAAUUACAAUUUUUUAUUUUAAAUGUAUUUAUUUACUUUUUUUUGUCUUUGCACAUAUUUAAUCAUUUAUAAAUUAACUCCACACAUUUCCUUUUCCUCACCAUAUUUCUACGUGUCCUACUGCAAAUAUGACAAAGAAUUGAGAAAACUGUUGAUAUUGGGAGUACUUGAGACGACAUCAAAUCACACUCAACAUUUUUACCUGUUCUUUCAACUAUCUGAAGCUAAUACUUUCAUUAAACUGCACCAGUCAUUGCAUAUAAGUUCAUUUUGACUAAAGAGACAUCUGGUUUUGCACAUCUACAAAAUAUUUGUCGUAUUUCUUUUGUGAUCUUGACAACGAAUUCUGGGAUCUCCAAGUAGCAUUGUAGCGCAGCAAGUAGCCCGCAGGCUAAAAUGAAUUAGCUAGAGCAUUACACAGUAAAAUACAUAGAAAUAUAAAUAUUUAAAGAAAGAUUCAGCUAAGUAGCAAUGAAUAUUGUUGCUGAGUAACCAAAUGUCUCUUUACUAUGCUCUCCUGUGUAAUAAGGAAAGUGAACUAUGGUGGAAAUAAUCCUUGAACUUGCGUGAUCCUUGAUGUGAGAGUUUUAAUGUCUCUUUUCUCAAAAUCUGAAAGAAAUUGAGCUCAAAACAUAUGUAGCUUAUGAUGUAUGCUUCAGAAUGGUUCGCUAACAUUAGUUAAUAAGUGCACCCAGUCAAGUAAACUGCCCAGCACUACACUGCUGCACAAAUACAUAUAUUAGAAAAUUCCCAAAUGGGAAAUAUGUGGUUGAAAAAGACAUUACAUGAAUGAUUAAAUAUGCGUGUGAAAAAAAAAAGCAGCAAAAAUAUUUUAAAAAAAAGUGAAUCUAAUAUAAAACUACAAUAAAGUGUUUGUUGGUUAAAAAAUGUAGUUUUAAAACUCUAACAUUUUCAGGCAUAUCUAAUAACUUUCUGCAACCUUUGUGUCUGAGGGUUAGGGCUCCGUAGACUUUAAGUUUGAUGGAAGGGAGUAAGUCCUGUUCUGGAGUGUCGUGAGGGUUAAAGCAAAUGGACAGAGACACUGGGUGUGUGGACACAGGGUCCCCCUCCCCAGCCCGUUGCUCCACAUAUAUAGUCCUUAUCAUCAUACGUAUUCAAUGUGUAUUAGUACAGUACAUUACUGUUGUCAUAGGAAUGUUAUGCACAGCUUUUCAUAUAGACUAACUCUGCUGAGUGGACGACCAUGUCUGAUAUGUAGUGGAAGUUUUAUUCUUGUCUUAUACUGAGAGGGCAUUGUAAAUACAGUAUGAAGAAGGGAUGAAAGGAGAGAGGGAAGGACAGGAUGGAGAAAAAAAGGAAUUAAAAGGAGGCUGGAUCCUCCCUUUUGCCCACUACUCCACCUUUCCACUAUUCUCCCUUCUUUUCUCUCCCUCUCUUCUCUAGUGUGUGUUCUGUCCAUCGACAGACAGUGUGAAUCAGUAGCUAUCAUAUACACACAUGAAUACAUGAUAUUACACAUUGCUAUAUCUUUUCUCAUUCUGUGACAUGCUCUGUGGUUGUAUCACUGAUUGGUUAGGGAUAUCGACUGUAUAAAGAUGAACGACACGUCUCCACUUCCCCCCACCGUCCAGAUAUGAAGCCAAAUAUCCUGAUGUCCUGCCAUCUUUUGAAGCCAGAGUCUGUAGCUAUUAGGGGAUGGAGCCAUGGUAGCGAGGUCCCGCCGAUACUCAAGCUCGACCGAUUGUUUUUUAUAGCAUCAAACAACUAUUUAAAAUCAAUUUUUAAACAUGUAUCAAUAUAAUAAGAACUACCUUAGAUGACAGAAAUCAUCUUUGAGAAAAACAUAUUUGAUGUACACUUUUUGAUUUGGCUCAUGUCCCAUCCACUAACAAGGAGAAGGUGUGAUUAUCCUGCAGUCAGCCACCAGGUGGCAAUUAAAACACUUUGGCUUCACUUCUGGGAAUCGUCAUGUGGUCCAUCUUUAUAUAGUCUAUGGUUCAGGAGGAGGAGGGCGGUGCUUCAAAAGGCACUGACAUCGUUGGUAUUCACUAUGUGGUGAGAGAAAAAAGUUUUAUUUGAGAUGAUACAUACAAUAAAAAUAUUUUGGGGGUCAGAAGAUUUUAACAAUCAUGAACUGUAAGACUUUUUAUCCCGACGCAUCAUAUCUCACAUUGAUUUUAUUCACCUGUAACAUAUAUCCUUUUUUAAAGCUGACCUGCAUUACAUUCACAGGUAUUAUUUUUCUCUGUUGCUAAGCAUCUCCUUCACAUCGCUAUGGGAGUCUGGCUUUUUAAUGGAGCAGAGAAAACAUCCAUGAAAACAAACGAGCUUUUGAAGUUUCCAAUUUGACAUCACCCUUAUCUUUUCCUGGUGUCCUACAUUUCACCUAAACUUGGUCGAAACAGAAAAGAGAAAGAUGUAUAGAAAAAGUACAUCAUAUUGAAGUAGCAAAGGACAUUCAAAGCUGAAUUAUGCUGUGUUUUUUUACUUAAAGUAAGUCAAUCUUUCCCCUUAAAUACCCAUCAAGCCUUUUAAACUCCAGCGUAGCACUUUUAUUUAUUUGUACCUUCCCUGAAGAGUAGCAGUUCCUCCACGUAGCAGCAGGACACUUAGAAAUGACUCUGACGAAUCACUGUCGUUACAAAUACAGAUGAUUAGAGUCGUUCUUUUCAAUCCAACGUGGAUCUAGUGGGUCCUUUUUGUUUCAGUGUGACUGAUACUUUGAUUUUAACUCUCCACUCUUCUAAAGGGAUGGAGAGGUUAUUGUGGACAAUGUAAAUUGGUGUUUUCCUUAAUUUAUAAACAACAGAGGGGUGUGUAAUUGUUAAGAGAGAGGAUAAAUUCGGAUCAGAUCUGUGUUCGACUGAAGACUUUGCCCAGUUCCUUCCUAGAUAUUUAUUUUGAGCAGGGUUGGCUUUCACACUGGAGACAUUCGAAACAAACACACAAAUGUCCAUUUGUAUGCUACAUUUUCUUUCUUCUUGAGUGGUUGAUUAGCACACACCACUCUACCACGCUGCACACAAAUAAGAUAUUAUGGAGCUCCAAGUAAUUGGAAACGAUGUUUGGAAAGCAAAAAGAGUUUUCUUUCUGUUUAGUGAUAUUUUUCAGUCCUGCUCCAACCAGCAGUUUCACAGUUCAUAUUUAAUUAUUGCACAACUGUAAAGUGUAUUAAUUCAUUAGAAACUGACUGCAAAAGUCCACACCAUAUAGUAUUAUUACGGACAUUGGGACACAGCUUCAGAAUUAAAAUUGAUUGGUUAGAAGAGUGGAGGUGAAUAAUGUAAGAUUUAGCAUCCAUUUUUCCAAACAACAUUUUUGUGUAACAUCCAUACUGAACAAAGUUAUGUAUUCUGGAAAUAGUUCAAGUCUAGAUCCAGACCCCUGCUCCUCUGCUGUUGUGGGAACUAGAGCGGAACUAGACUCAGGGCGACCUGAGCAACAGCCUCUCCUCGAUCUCUCUGAGAUCUUAUUUAUACUGGUUUUCAAACUUGUUUUGAAGUUUAUGGUUUACUGCAGCGUCCCACCGAACUCACACAGCGUUAACAUCUGUCAAACUAUCAAGUAUAAAACUUCCUGUUGCCAGUUGACACUUUGAACAUGAUUAUUUCCCCUUGUUGACAGACUUUCUGCUUCACGACAGUGUUGACUUAUUUGGUAUGAGCCUGUUUUUUUUUUUAUGUAUUGUAUAAUUCUAUAUUUUUCAUCCUGGGAUUUGCAGCAGCUCUAACUCUGCAGUUAUUCACGAGGUGGUGGAACAACUGGCCUUCUCCCUCUUCACAGACUGUUGCCAUGGUGACAAUAAUGAGUAAAGAUGCAAAAGUCUUUCUGCAUAUUAUUAUUAUUAUAACUGGCUGUACAAAAACACAAAGUUUGUAUUUAUUGUGUACAAAUGUUAAUUAAUAAAAAAAUAUGAAAAAUUC